AUGAGCGCAAAUCUCGCCAACCUGGAUCUAGAGAGUAUCGAAUUCGCCACGCCCCAAAAGUUCCUUUUUCCCUGGCGUCAAAGUGUUCACCAAACUGUCUCGACCAUAGACUCUCAGCUCAAGAACCUCGCCAAGGGCUUUUCGUCCAUGAGCGUCGAAGAUUUACUGAAAGAGAUGGCUGAAAUCAUAGGCUUUGCCGUGCUCUCUGGCGUCCAAGCCGCUGUAGGCGCUUUGCUCAAUGUGUUGAUCGAGCUGUCUGGUGAUGCCAUCGGCUUCCUGGAUACAAAGCUUCACAUAGACCUUUAUGACAUCGAGAUGCACCAGAAACAUCACAGCUCUUAUGGGAGCAAAUCCUCCGAGUCUUCAAUCUCUUCAUUCAGUCGCGUGAGUGCGGACAGCAUAUCACUCACGUCACCCAACACCAUCAAGCCAGUGUCUUUCAAGUUUUCAAAGAAGAAUUCACCACCUAGGCCACAUCGUCAGCAGCGAAACGAGUCUCGUGCCAGUAAGGUACUUGUCGGCGCCUUCGUGGCCUCACUUCCACCAGGCAACCUAUCGAGCAUUCCUUCGGCAGCCAUCAGUAUCACCGGCGGCGGCUCCGCAGCCUUGGUUAACAUGGCCCUUCGGGUCAACAAUUCCAACCAUCCUCUGCUCGCUACGGAUAGUCGCGCUGAUGAUUCAGUGCUCGCCGGCGAAGCCUUGGAAAAGCCAGGUAUGGACCAGGCGGCAGCUGCCCUCGCGGAUCACCAGGCGCAAAGCCGUCCUCCCACCAAAGCCGAGGUCGUCCCCGAGAAAGAAGCACCCUUCCCGCUCGUCCGGAACCCGGAAUCAGACCACCGCCGGCUAUCUCAUGGUGGGGGCACUCUACACUGCGGGACCGGACAUCGAUCCAACGACACAGCCGAGGGCACCCGGGCUGCGGAAAGGAUGCGCAACCCGUACAAGUAA